UGCUUUAGCCUAUCGCCGUUUCUCAACCAGUAAAAGACCUCCAAAAAUCCCCUUAACAAAUUUAUAUUUUUCCCCCAUAAAAAGCAAACCCUAGAAGAAGAAGAAAUUCGAAGAAAAUGAGUCUACAAUAGUGGGAUGAAAUAUUGAAUUUGGACUUUAUACACAAAUUUGUUCGUCCCUUUUGUUUUGUGAACCAAUUGCAGUAGUAGACAGUAUCAGUGGAAGCUUCUCUUUCUCAUUAAUGAGGUCCAUAAGGACUUGUUGAAGAGCCGUUUCAUUGAAAGGUUGGUACUUGAAGACAACGUUAUGUGCAACUUUUCUUCUAAAUUAGACGUUUUUGCACCGACUCAAUCCGCUGCCUUAUUCAUCAUUGGACUUUUUGAAUCUGGUUGAUGAGAGGAAUUCGGAUGGACUCAAAUGGUCCCCCAACUAAAGGGUUGGUGGAACUCAAUUGUCAUAGCAUACAGGAUGGCCAGAAUGGAGUGAGGGAUGGAAUUACUGGUGAAGGACAGGGGCUUUCAGAGGAAGAUGAGUCAAGGAUUAAUGAGGAUGUCGAAGGUGGGAAUGAAACACAGAGGGAUUUGGUACAUGUACAGUCUGUUCUACAAACACAGCAGCAACAGCCUCAAGGGCCUUUGGUUAGGUGGGACCGUUUUCUUCCAAUUAGAUCCCUCAAGGUUUUGCUGGUGGAAAAUGAUGAUUCAACUCGUCAUGUUGUUAGUGCAUUGCUUCGAAACUGCAGCUAUGAAGUUACAGCUGUUGGAAACGCCCUUGAAGCAUGGAGGAUUCUAGGAGAUCUUGCUAACCAUGUUGAUCUAGUUCUGACGGAAGUAGCCAUGCCGUAUUUGUCAGGCAUUGGUCUUUUGUCAAAGAUUAUGAAUCACAAAACUCGCAAGAAUGUUCCGGUGAUUAUGAUGUCUGCUAAUGACUCUAUGGGUAUCGUCUUUAAGUGUUUGUCAAAGGGUGCGGUUGACUUUUUAGUGAAGCCUAUUCGAAAGAAUGAGCUAAAAAAUCUCUGGCAGCAUGUUUGGAGGAAAUGCCAUAGUUCAAGUGGAAGCGGAAGUGAAAGUGGCAUACAGACUCAGAAGUCUACGAAAUCUAAAAGUAUUGAAGGAUCGUUGAAUAACACUGACAGCAAUGAUGAAGCUGAGAAUGGGAGCUUUGAUCUGGAUGACCGGGACGGAAGCGACAAUGGAAGUGGCACCCAGCAGAGUUCGUGGUCCAAAAGGGCCAUAGAAGUUGACAGCCCCCAACCCAUGUCACCAUGGAAUGAAUUGGCCGAUCCCCCUGAUAGUACUUGUGCCCAGGUUGUCCAUUCAAGGCCAGAAGCACUUAGUGCUACCUGGGUGCCUGCAACUGCCCCCAGAGAGUGCCGCAAUGAGAAGGAUGAACUUGGAAAUGCUAGAAUGGGUAAAGAUUUGAACAUAGGUGUCACUAGUGUUCCAGAGCUUGAAGGCCGAUCAGGUAAAGCUAUGGAUGAUUUAGCAGCUCCUAUGAAGGACAAACGUUUGGAAUUAGACCCCAAGGAUAGUGAGAAAAUGGUCAGAAACCUCAAGCACAACAAGGAAACAUGGGAAGAUGACCUGAAAGACAUGGAUGUUGGUUAUAGGGGUGAUCACACCAAAACCGGUACUCCUCUGGUAGAAAGUAUGGCCAAUGAAGUUCCGAAAGAUCCUUCCAAGAUCACAAACAUCAAAGAAAUAGCCACCUAUGACAGUAAAGGCAUGCCUUCUCUUGAACUUAGUUUGAAGCAGCUUCGAGAUGUUGGAGAAAUUGGGACCAGUGUGCAAGAGCGCAAUAUACUCAGGCAUUCAGACCUUUCAGCAUUCUCUAGGUAUAAUGCUCCUGCUUCAAAUGCUAAUCAGGCUCCAACUGGGAAUGUGGGCAGCUGUUCACCAGUUAAUAAUAGCUCAGAAGUUGCAAAAACAGAAUCACUGAAUAACUUGCGUUCAAAGUCAAGCAGUACCCCUAACCAGCGCUCAAAUGGAAGUAGUAACAACAAUGACAUGGGCUCCUCGACAAAUAAUUUCUUUGUCAAACAAGAAACAUUAACUGACAAGCCAAUAACCAAACCUGCAGUCAAUGCCCAUACCUGUUCCGCAUUUCAACCAGUGCAACAUGGUCAUAAUUCUUCUCUUCAACCUAUGGUUCCAGGAAAACAAGAUGCUGCAAAGGCAGCCCUGGCCCAAGCAAGGGCGAUGCAGCAGCAGGUCCAAGUUCAGCACCACCAUCAUCACUACCAUCACCAUCACCACCAUGUACUUGACCUGAAGCAGCAACAACAGCUGCUUGACACUGAUGAUUCGACCAUGAGAAAUGCUGUUGGAGCUGCUCCAAAUUUCGGAACAUCUGACAUGGUAGGAACUCCUGUUGAAGGAGACGCUGCUAAUUAUGGAAGUGCAUCAGGAAGUAACAAUGGAAGCAAUGGGCAAAAUGGAAGCAGUGGCCAAAAUGGUAGCAGCACUGCUCUAAUUGCUGAAGGAACAAAUUUGGUUGCUGAAAAUGAAGCGGGUGAAAAAUGUGAAAUUGGCAGCGUGAGUGGAAGUGCAAGCAGAAGUGAUCACUCGGCUCAAAGAGUGGCUGCUUUGAUUAAAUUCCGGCAAAAGAGGAAGGAGAGGUGCUUUGAGAAAAAGGUCCGGUACCAAAGUAGAAAGAGACUCGCAGAACAGAGGCCGCGUGUGCGAGGGCAAUUUGUGCGUCAGGAUGCAGACAAAAAUAAAAGCAAUGAUGAUUCCUGACCCCUGCCGUUAUGCUUAGAUGGUACAUGUGAAAAUGAGUUCAAGAAGCUUUAGCUUUGAUCGCCAAAGGUAGGGAGGAAGCAGUUUGGUUCCAAAGCUAAAAUUUAUUUAGUUGAGGUAUUGCUGUCUUGUAAUAAUUGCUUAUUGGAGAUCAUAUUAAUUGGGGAGUCCUAUGAAGACAUCUUUGUUAUAUAGUCGGUUUGAAGAUACUUAUAUUUGGACUUGUAGAUGUUGGGAUCCCCUAAUAAAAUGCUUCAAUGUGCUGUGUUUUCUGGUGUGCUCAAAA